AUGUCUCCAAAAUCACCUCUUUUGUUCUUGUUCGCUACAAUUCUCGUUCUACUAAUCUCGGUUUCUUACAUUCACUCUCUUCCGUUUGAGGAAUAUAAACGAGGCGCCCAAGUCGUCGGCUACGCAGAUCUCCUCGGCGGACGUGUAACACUCAGUCAAGAAAGCUAUGGUGCAACAGUGAUCUAUGGUCAAUUCAAUACUGGAUUCGGCGACAGCUCAAAUCCCGCUGAUUAUACGUUUGUUUUCGAACCAUCCGGCGUU